AAAGACAGAGCAGGGAGGAGCAGGAGACAUCCCAGCCCAUUUAUCUGACAGCCAUUUACCACAGCGAGAGUCAGUGUGCCAACAGCUCUCUGCCUACUUCAUGGUCGGCUGGCUGCCCCUUCCCUCCCCUCCUCUGUCUAAAGUUGUAUAGACGCACUCUGUGUCUGUACUUAGCAUUAGGAACACAUCAGAGCCUGCAGGGUAUAGCCGAAAAGGACAGAUCAGCCCUCUGUGAGCCCCGAGCCAUGGCUCUGCUGCUGGACGGCUCUCACGCCACGGCAGCUUACUACUGCCUGAUCCGCCACAGGUUCAAGAGGAGGAGGAAGAAACGCUCAGAGCGCAAAGGUCGAGUGGGCGCUCGGGUACCUCGAAACCAACAGAGGCUGCUAACCAUAGAGGGGGACGAAGUCGAAAGCAUGAGUUCAUGCAGCACAGAUGUUAAGGAAAAUCGGAACUUGGACAAUCUCUUCUCCAAAGAGGGUGUUGCAGCUGAGGCUGCUCAACUCCCCAAUGGGAGUGCUGGGUGUGGGAGGAAACGUCCCUUAGAGGAGGGCAAUAAUGGGCAUACGCAUUCCAAGUACAGACCCAAGAAGCGUAAGAAAGUCCCUGGGCCCAUUCUGCCUAAGAAUGCCCUAAUGCAACUGAAUGAGAUCAAGCCAGGGCUGCAGUACAAACUGCUCUCUCAAACCGGUCCGGUCCAUGCACCUGUCUUUGUGAUGACUGUGGAGGUCAAUGGACAGCUCUUCGAGGGCUCGGGACCUACCAAGAAGAAAGCCAAACUGAACGCAGCAGAGAAGGCCCUGCGCUCCUUCGUCCAGUUCCCCAACGCUUCUGAAGCCCACAUGGCCAUGGGCCGGACUCUGUCUGUUCACACGGACUUCACCUCGGACCAGGCUGACUUUCCAGACAUGCUCUUUAAUGCCUUUGAGACAUCCACUUCUGUCGAUGACCCGUUUUACCUUGCAUCCAGCAGUAAUGGUUCCUUCAGCUCACUGGGAAUAGAGUACCCAUUGCUACCCUCCCCUGUACCAAACCUGGUCCAGGCUCCCCUGCCUCCGGCCCCCUCCACCUUCAUCUCCCCUACAAGCGGCAAGAAUCCUGUCAUGAUCCUGAACGAGUUGCGGCCGGGCCUGAAAUAUGACUUCGUGUCCGAGAGUGGGGAGAGCCAUGCCAAGAACUUUGUCAUGUCAGUGAUGGUAGACGCUCAGAAUUUCCAGGGUUCUGGGCGAAACAAGAAGCUGGCCAAGGCCCGGGCUGCCCAGGCGGCUCUGUCUGCUCUGUUUAACAUGCAGCUGGAUCAGGCACCAUCAAGACAGCCUAUACCCAGAGAAGGACUGCAGCUUCACCUGCCUCAGGUCCUGGCGGAUGCUGUCUCUCAUCUGGUUGUUGACAAAUUCAGCGAACUGACGGACAACUUCGCGUCUCCGCACGCUCGACGGAAAGUGUUGGCAGGUGUCGUCAUGACGACAGGUACUGAUGUGAAGGAGGCUGAGGUCAUCUGCGUGUCCACGGGGACAAAGUGCAUCAAUGGUGAAUAUAUGAGUGAUAGAGGUUUGGCCCUCAACGACUGCCAUGCUGAGAUCGUGGCUCGUCGGUCACUCAUCAGGUACCUGUACUCCCAGCUGGAGCAUUUCCUCAGUAACCAUGAAGAGGAGCACCGCAAAUCCAUCUUUACCAGGUACGACAACAGACAAGGCUUCAGACUGAAGGAAAAUGUCCAGUUCCACCUGUACAUCAGCACCUCCCCUUGCGGAGACGCCCGCAUCUUUUCUCCUCAUGAAGCUGGAGUGGAGGAUCAGGGAGAUAGACACCCGAACAGAAAAGCACGUGGGCAACUCCGCACUAAAAUCGAAUCCGGUGAAGGAACCAUCCCAGUACGUUCCAGUAACACCAUUCAGACCUGGGAUGGGGUUCUCCAGGGCGAGAGGCUGCUCACUAUGUCCUGCAGUGACAAGAUUGCCAGGUGGAACGUGGUUGGAUUCCAGGGUUCUCUGAUGAGCUACUUCACCGAGCCUAUCUAUUUCUCCAGCAUCAUUUUGGGCAGCCUGUAUCAUGCCGACCACCUCUCCAGAGCCAUGUACCAGAGGAUUACCGAGAUCGAGGACCUGCCACAGUCCUUCUGCUUGAACAGACCACUGCUCAGUGGAAUAAGCAACGCAGAGGCUCGUCAGCCAGGAAAAGCACCCAACUUCAGUGUGAACUGGACGGUGGGAGACCAAGUCCUCGAGGUGAUCAAUGCCACCACGGGGAAAGACGACCUGGGUCGACCCUCCAGGCUCUGUAAACACGCUCUUUACAGUCGCUGGAUGCGCCUGUACUGCAAGCUGUCCUCCACCCUGCGCAUCAGAACGGCGAGGCCCAGCAGCUACCACGAGGCCAAGCAGGCGGCGUUGGAGUACCACAGCUCCAAGCAGACGCUCUUUAGAGCCUUUCACAAAGCAGGACUGGGCGCCUGGGUUAAGAAACCUAUAGAGCAGGACCAGUUUUCACUCACUUCCUGAGUCAGUGCUGCAGCGUUGACGGUUAGCAGCGGUGGUCUUUGACAGAAAACAUGACAGUGCUGCUUGCUUUACUUUGUGUAACAGAUUUGGUCAGUUUCAAGUGGCGGAAAGUUUAUUGGAAAGAAAGAGGAUGUCAUGAAUUUAACAUUCCUCCUUUAAUUUUUAUAGCCUCAUACUACUCCUCUCAGCCAGCACUAUACAUUAAAAAAGAUUAUUAUUCAGUUAGUUAUGCAACUUUAUACAAAGGACAAAUGUAAUAAAAAACUUUGGGAAUGGAAACUUGUAAACAGCAUUGUUAGUUAAAAUGGCACUUGUUUAUAUAAGAGUAGUGAUACGUUCAUUUUGCAUGUAUGAUUAAGCCAAAUUCAUAGGAAGUCUGUUUGUUAUCACAUUCUGUAUUAUGAUCUCAAAUUAUCAGUGUUGUGAUAAUUCAAGAAUGUUCUCCCGCAGUUUGGAAAAAAAAAAAAAAACACUGUGUUUUAUCUGCAGUUCUUUGAC